AUGGGCAAAAGCAAGGCCUCCGUGGUAGUAGCCGACGUCACGGACGUCGACCUAGAGUUGGAGUACCAACAACACCAGAUCUUGGAGCAGCUCCAGGGGUUCCAUGACUCGGUGUCUCUGCUAGCUACUCGUCAAGAGUCAUUCCAGUUGAAGCUGACGGAUAUCCAAGCUUCAUUGGCUAAUAUUAGCCUUGUCCAGCACCAUCUGAUGGAGGAGAUUCGAGCCUCUAGGCCACCACCGCCCUCUACCCCCCAUUCCACAGAUCUCGAUUGGGUCUUUGCAUAUUCACCUGGGUUCUUCUUCUACCCCGCUUCCCCAACCCUCCCAACCCACCCCGUUACCCCACUCCACCCAACCCCCUUCCUCAGCCCCGCCUCCAACUUGGGGCACCCAUUUUGCCCGUUCCCCCUCUCCCAUAUUCCCUACCCCCCUCAGCCGCUUACACACCCUCCUCACCAUUCCUUUUCACCAUCACCACCACCAUUCGUCCCCACCUUCCCCCCACUUUAUUUCCCAUGCCCCUCCACCCUCCCUACACCUUAG